UUCAUUUGAAUGCUAAGGCAGCGUCAAUAAUCAUGCCCGCGCACGUAAGACCGGCUUCUUGAACGUGGGCGGUGACGUGCGCGUUCACGCAAACUCUUUGUGUGGCGGCGUUAAGAACCGCGCAGAGAAUAACCAUGGCCGACGAAAAACCCAAGGAAGGGGUGAAGACGGAAAACAACGACCACAUUAACCUGAAGGUGGCAGGUCAGGACGGCUCUGUGGUGCAGUUUAAGAUCAAGAGGCACACGCCACUCAGCAAGCUGAUGAAGGCGUACUGCGAGAGGCAGGGGCUGACGAUGAGGCAGAUUCGCUUCCGGUUUGACGGCCAGCCAAUAAAUGAGACAGACACACCAGCACAGUUGGAAAUGGAGGAUGAAGAUACGAUCGACGUGUUCCAGCAACAGACAGGAGGUCUCUGCUAAAGUCACCCUUUGUCCCCCCCCACCCGCUUUUCCGAUAUUACACAUCUCCGCUCUUACCACUCAACGGUAUCACUUAGUUUUCAGUUAUACAUAACUGCUGUUGUAUAGUGUUCAGUCUUGCUUUUUCAUUCUUUUUUGUACAUAAACAACUGUAAAAAAAAAAAAAAAAAAGUAUA